UAAUAAAAUAGUCACCAUAUCCGCGUAAAUUCCCACAACGAGGAGCCGAUAUUCUCCUCUCGGCCGGGCCCCCGCAGGAGGGAGGCCCUGCAGAGCAUCCCGGCAACCGGCUCCUCCCGCGGGGUCCCACCCGGCGCGGCUAAAUCCCACCUGAUGUGGGACCCCUAGCUGCCAGCGGCCCGGCCUCCCGGUCUCUCUGUCACUGGAAGGAUCGCUCGGAAAAAAAAAACAAACAAAAAAAAAAAAAAAAGGAGAAAAAAAAAAGCGGAGGGGGCACGGCAGGUCCACGGGCGGUGGGCGUUUGGGCAAAGCGGGGCUUUUUCUUUGCCCGUCGGCUGCCGGGGGACGGCCGCCCCUCCGUACCCGUCGGUACCGCCCGACCCGCCCCGCCCCGCUGCGGGACGGAGAGGUGCUCCCGGGGAUGCCCGUUCGCUCGCCCCGCCGCGCCGGUUCAUUUUGGCUCGGAAACCGGGAGUAACAGCAGCACGUUACACACGGGGAGGCAGAGCCAGGGGAGGAGCGUCGGGGCCGGAGCAAAGGCAUAAAACCAGCCCCAGGUGCUCAGCAGCCCUGGCGAACGGGCGGCUAUCGUGGAGUCAAAACUUCAGCUCCGGCGUGUCCGCCGUCCCCCCGGCGCGGAGCAGCGCGGGGCGUGGGCCGAGCGCGGCGGCCCCAUGCCGCCCGGCGGGCUGGGGCCAACCCCGGGGGCAACCCCCGGUGACACUCCCCGCAGUCCCCGCCGCUGUCCCCCGGGCCGUGCCCGCAGUGGGAGCCGCGUUCUCCGCCCGAGGAGGAUCGCUAUGAGCCUCCGUGCAGGCAGGUGAUCUGUCUGCCAUUUCUUGUUACCCUUCUUACCACCUCCCCCACCUUUCUUCCCCCCUCCCUCCACCCCCCGGCUGGACAACUCCCUCCUUUGGAGAACACGCCCAAGUAGCUGAAGAAGAGAGAAAGGCAGGGAAAGAAAGGAAAAAAAGAAAAAAAAAAAAAAAAGAGGGGGGAGAGAGGGAGAUAGUUAGCAUUGAACCUGGGGGGAGCGCCCGGAGCCGCCGGCUCUCAAGAGGAUCCCGCAGCCCGUACGUUGCCAGCAAUAAAGCGCUACGUGUGACAGGCAUACAAAUCCGGGAUACAGGGGGGGAAAAAGAGAGGGGCAGAGGUAGAGCGCGGAGCCCUAGGCGAGGGACAUGGUGAGUGCCCGCGGGGGCUCGCCGGGGCGGUGCGGGGUGCGGCGGGGGCUGCCCCUCUCGGCCGAGCUGCCCUGACCCGCAGCGGCACCGCCACACCGGCCCCGGGCCCGGAGCGCGACAGGCAUCGUUUCAUAUGUUGGUCUGAGACACGGCAAGCAAGGAAUAUGAACAGGAAAACAAGGCGCUGGAUCUUCCACAUCUUCCUGAGCCUAGGGAUUGUGUACAUCAAGAUCGGGGGUUUUUCCUCUGUGGUGGCCCUGGGAGCCAGCAUCAUCUGUAACAAGAUCCCGGGUCUUGCCCCCCGGCAGCGGGCGAUCUGCCAGAGCAGGCCCGACGCUAUUAUCGUCAUCGGGGAAGGGUCCCAGAUGGGCAUCAACGAGUGCCAGUUCCAGUUUCGCAACGGGCGCUGGAACUGCUCUGCCCUGGGAGAGAGGACCGUCUUCGGGAAGGAGCUGAAAGUGGGUAGCAGAGAAGCAGCGUUCACAUAUGCCAUCAUUGCUGCUGGAGUAGCACAUGCAAUCACGGCUGCCUGUACACAGGGCAACCUGAGUGACUGUGGUUGUGACAAAGAAAAACAAGGACAGUACCAUAAAGAGGAAGGAUGGAAAUGGGGAGGCUGCUCGGCUGACAUCAGAUACGGAAUAGGAUUUGCCAAAGUGUUUGUGGAUGCCCGGGAGAUUAAGCAAAAUGCAAGGACACUCAUGAACCUGCACAACAAUGAGGCCGGGCGGAAGAUUCUGGAAGAAAACAUGAAGUUAGAGUGCAAGUGCCAUGGGGUCUCAGGAUCCUGUACCACUAAAACAUGCUGGACAACUCUGCCUAAAUUCCGGGAGCUGGGCUACAUCCUUAAGGACAAAUACAAUGAAGCCGUUCAAGUCGAACCAGUGAGGGCAAGUCGUAACAAGCGUCCAACCUUCCUCAAAAUAAAGAAGCCACUUUCCUAUCGCAAACCCAUGGAUACAGAUUUAGUGUACAUAGAAAAAUCUCCCAAUUAUUGUGAAGAAGACCCUGUCACUGGCAGUGUGGGAACACAGGGAAGGAUGUGCAACAAGACAGCCCAACAGUCCAAUGGCUGCGAUCUGAUGUGCUGUGGUCGAGGCUACAAUACACACCAAUACUCAAGAGUGUGGCAGUGCAACUGCAAAUUUCAUUGGUGCUGCUAUGUUAAAUGCAACACAUGCAGUGAAAGAACAGAAGUGUAUACCUGUAAGUAAGUAUGUGGCUGGGCAGGCUGACAUGCCCCUGGCCAUGCAUCCAUUUGCACAUGCACUCAACAUACCUACACAAGGCUGUAGGAAAGACCUGCUCUCCCAGAAGAAAUGUUGAUGAAUGGAGCCCUCUCUUUUCUUCUCAUGUUUCAUUGCUUAUGUGGAUACACGUUUCAGACUCUUAUGAAAGUCAUCCAAGAAACAAAAACAAACAAACCCUACCCCAAGCCACCUGACACACAAACCAGAAAGACAAAGAUCAUGUCAGUUAACCUGCACCUCUAAAGCAAGAAGUGUUGACUGCCUUGUGAAGAGACACCAGUCAGAGGAAAAUCUCUGAGCGUGGCAACUAACUCUUGGUUUGGAAAAAAGAUGGUAAAAAACUUCAGUGUGUAAGAAGCAGGGAGGGGUAGGGAGAAAUCCUAAAAAAAAGGGCUUUGCACAGGAUGGGAUGGACAGUGCCCCAUCGUGAAUUGCCCAUGUGAAUGUGUGGAUGACAGAUUUAGGCUUCUACACUUGUGAAAAGCUUCUGCUGGUCUUGCCCAUCUUUCCACUUCAUACAAUUUGCUACAGCAAGUAGAACUGUUGAAGUUUUCUUUAGACACUGCUUAAUCUGCCUAUUUUGUGUGUGUGGGGGCUGCAGAUUUUAGCACAGGGAUUUGGGACACUUGGGCAUAAUAAUAGCAAUAUUUAACGAUUUAUUCAGAUAAAACUAAUAUUAAUUUAUUUAAUUAAAAAGAACUCUACCAACAUUUUUUGAACUAUUCUGCAAUUAAAGUAGAUCUCUGGCUUUAUUUGUGGAAUAAUUUUGUAGAAACAGCAAGGAAAAACUGGAGCUGUAUAUAUUAUUCUUAACUAGGAUAUUUCUAUUAGUUGGACUUGCAGGAUAUGUUCGACAGUACUAGAUGUUUAAGUACAAAAGCUGGCAUCUUUAUAUAUAUGUAUAUACACAAACACACAUUGUUGUUUUUUGGGGUCUUUUUUUGUUUUGUUUUGGUUUGGUUUUGGUUUUUUCCUGUUUGCUGCUAGUUGUCUGGAACGAAAGUCAAGCGGUAGGGGUUACAAAUCCUUACCCUUUUUUUCUUCAAUUAAAGAAAAAAGCAUUAAGAAAAUCCUGUUUGGAAUAUGCCUAAAAACAAGAAAAUCCAGACAAAUUUCCAUCUUUUGGAAAAAUCAACCAUAGGAUAAGAGAGUAUAUUUUCUAAGAGACUAUUUUUAUAUAAAUAUUUUAUUUAUACUACGUCUGCUUGUUCAACCUGUGCUUUUUCACAAAACAGGCAUACAAUUUGUAAUUCUUAGGCUAUUUAACAGAGAAAGGGUAAUUAGUUUGUGGACACAACAGCAACAAGCUGGAUACAUUCAGCUGCCAUUGUUAGAUGUGUCAGAAAGCAGGAUGAACUUUCUCUCCGGAUGUGUGUACAAACUGGCUCUCUUCCUGCAGCUCAAUUUGCAGAAUAUGCAAAACAUAAACAGAGUAUGUAGCAUCAAUUUUGUCACAUGGCUUGAAUUCAUGAUUGGUAUUAACUGGAUGCUUAUUUAUCCCAUUCAAGAACAAAAAUCUGAAUUAGCUUCCCACAUGCAUCAGUCAUUAAACUGUGGCAUUAUGACUAGCAAAUGUGCUGUGUGUGCUGUCAGUUAAACCUCUAUAUUGUGUUACUGUCAAAUUUGAUUUUAAUCAGUGGAAGACUGUAGACUAUGACUGUAAAAACUAGCAUGACACACAUCGUCUGAUUCUCAUGGAUAGAAUACAAAGCUUACGUUUUGUCCAACUCUUUGGCAUUUACAUUAUUCUUUUUCCUAAAAAAAGCCAGAGCUCAAAAAUCCAGAGAAACAUCUAGGCAAAUUUAAAGACUACUCACUUGUUUUUCAGAGUCCAGCUAAGUAAUUUUGUGUUCCCUUUACAGUAUUUCCAUUUUAUCACUGCUAAUUUCUUCAGAUAAUUGAGUGGUAAAUGUUUAUCUGUUUUAGAAUCAUUCUGUUCCUCCUGCUUGACUAAUUUGUGACUGAUAAAAAAAAAUCUAAUUUUAAUGUUGUUCUUCAUUGGGUAAGAAACGUGGCCCAGCACUAUCAAUGGUAUUGCAUGUUCUCUCUGGGACAGUCCAGAUUCUUCCCUACUUCCAGACUACAGGAUCUCACAACUUUAAUGAGGCUAAGAGGGGCAUCAGAAAAGGAAACAAACCACCAUCGAGUGUGCAGUGCAUUUCACUGACUCCUGUUGAUAACAGCAAGUGUUACAAGAGUAGAUGAUACAGAUAUAUCUUGCCUCCAUUGAUCUUCCUGAGGCAAAACUCCCACCUCAGACUGCGAAAACAAAGUUUUCUGAGAAAAUAAACAGAAGUAUCACAAAAGAUGUUGCAAAGUUUUGCUAUAACAACCAAACCUUUUAGAACUUGUCUGAAUGUGGCAUGGUGGGUUUUUUUAACUCACUUUUUGUAUAUAUGUUAUUUAUGUAAGAACACAAGCUGCUUGAUCCUAGCAAUGUAUAAUUAGGUUUAAAUAUACCGUUUCUUUGCAGACCUGCCACUUAACACCAAAUAGAAUUUUUAUGCAAUUCAGACAUCAGCAUGGGAUAUCAAAGUAAAAUGAUUAACGAAAUCUACUUUCAAACUUAAAACUUGUCAAUAUAAAAGCAAUUUUUGGGGGUAAUUGCUUUUAGUUCAUCUAAAUUUUACACAUGAAGAACUGAUAAGACAUAAAAUGCAAUGAAGUACAUACAGUAAGGAUGUUAAUUACAACACUCUAGUAUUGUUAAAUAAUUCAGACCUAACAUUUAAUUCUGGAAUCUCUGCCUGUUCCCCCUCCCAGUUUGUAUAGGUUUUUUACUUAGUGGAUACAAUAUCAUAGCCAAAAGUGUGUUUUCUUCACUGAUUAGAGUUAUUUUACAAAUUAUUACUUUUGCAGCAUGUUUUUGCCAUAUAAAAGCAAUCUGUAAAACUCCUGCUUCCUGUAUAUUUCAGUAUACAGUGAUGUGCAAUGUACAGCUAGCAGAUUAAUUAUUGAAGGACAAGUAUCUUUAAACAGUUUUACUCACAAUAAUAAAGAACCGGAUGCACAAUGAAAUUGAUUUGGUACACAUUUUCCCUAUAUUUUACAGCUGGUUUUCAGUGCAUUAAUUAGAGAAAAUGUUGAUUUGUGUGGUAACUGGAAUAUCAGUUUGGGAACUAUGAAUUAAGGUGCAAAGAAAACCAAACGCUGCAUUCAGCUAGAAAAUAUUUGGAAAUUUGGCUCUGUCAUCUUAGAUAGGAGGAGUCUGUCCCAUUAUAAUCUGCCAUGAGUCUGGAGUUAAUUGGUCAUUCUCUAAAUGGGCUUGAAUGGCAUGAAGAAUAAACAGAAGAAGGAGAAAGAUUUACGAUUUUGUAGAUAUUCCUCCCCUCGACAACACUUUGUUCUUUGUCCUCAGGGAUAGAAGAGCUCUGUUUUUACUUGGUGAAGAACCACACAAUGGGAAUGAAAUGCACACAACUGCAGAACAAUAUAGCUCUCAAAAGAAAAUACAUCUUUUCAUGUCUACUAACCAAGGGAAGCACUGGAUUGCUGUCCAGAUUAAUAACCUAGCUGAGGCUUUUAAAGAAAACAUACAUUCAAGAAGCAGGAAGAGUAAGAGGAGUAGGAAGCGUAAAAGAACAAGCAUAAUUGCAAGUUGGGAAGCUACUAUUUAUGAAAUCUCACUUCCUCGUUUGAUAGCAGAACCCUGAUUCAUGGAAAAGAAGCCAUUCUGCCUUGGGCUUCCUAAGCAAGUUUUAAGGAUUUUACCUCUUGGCCUUUUCAGAAGGACAACUAACCUGAAUACUAUUAGCUUGAAUACUCGAAGUACCUACAUAAAACAUGAAUCAGUCAACAAUUAUGUUUUCUUUGCCUUUUAUGCACAAACCUGAUGGAGAUAUGUCUUUCAACAGUGAUAAUUAAACUGAAAAUAUCCUUAAAACAUACUCUUAAGUGGUUGAUUUGGUAAAGUUAUUGUAAGGGUACACAGCUUCUUAGAAUGAGAAAAUAAUGGUCACAUACCAUUUUA